AUGGGCAACUGCUUAGCUCUGAGAAAGGAAAUCAAGAUUGUGAAAACAGAAGGUAAAGUCCUUGAGUAUAGGACAGAACUAAAAGUCCAAAAGGCGAAAGUUUCUUUUCUAGAUCAACGGAUCGAGGAUUACGAGGAAGCUGGUCCUUCAAGAGUGAAGCUGAUAAUCAGUAGAAGAGAACUGCAGCAGAUGCUACAGGAAGGAGCAGUUUCAGUAGGUGACCGGGGAUUGCUGCUUCUUGAGAGAGAACAGACUUUGCAGAAAGUCAACAUUGAUGACAGAGGUCAUUGCGAAGGAUGGAAGCCUAUAUUACAAAGUAUACCUGAAUUAGACUAG